GGGCUUUCAGUCAGCCCACUUUCUGUUCUAUAAUAUUUAUUAUUUCAUCGCAUCUUCUCUAUCUUCCCCGCUUAGGAAAAAGAAAAAAAGAAACAGAGACAACCGGCGGAUAUUCCGACGGCUAAUAAUCACCGUGUAGGGUUUGAGAAGAUUAAUGUGAUUGUUGAUAGAUGGCGACUUGUGUUCGUGCGGGUCCUCCGUUGAGGCCUUCUCUCCAUGUCUCAAGAAAAGCUUCCAAAUCACAACAACAGCAGCAACAUGGUACAAUGUGCAGAUUACCUGUUCGUUUAAAGGAUAAUAUCCCUACGACAUCAUUAAAACUUGAUGCUAAUGCUAGAGUGUCUUCCCAAUACGGAGUUGUAAUGAAACAACCACAGUCUGCAAGGAAAUAUCAGCAAGCCGCAAUUGUUUGCUUGUUUGGCGGUAAAGACAAGGCUGACAAAAACAAGGAGCCAUUUUCAUGGUCCUUUGAGAAAGUCAUGGAAAAUUUCAAAGGACAGUCGGUAGAAGAUGUGUUGCGGAAGCAGAUAGAAAAGCAAGAAUUUUAUGAUGGAGGAAGUGGGAGAAACCCACCUCGUGGUGGUGGCGGUGGUGGGGAUGACGCUGGAGAGUCUGAGGAUGAAGGCCUUGCAGGAAUCAUGGAUGAAACUCUUCAAGUAGUCUUGGCCACCAUCGGAUUCAUCUUUCUGUAUAUUUACAUUAUUACUGGUGAGGAAUUGACUCGACUCGCAAAAGAUUACAUCAAGUAUCUUUUGAAAGGCAGUAAGAGUGUUCGUCUGAAAAGAGCAAUGAACAAGUGGAAGAGGCUCUACCAGAAACUCACCGAGACAGAGGUGGUUGACAAGUUUUGGCUGGAAAAGACAAUUGUCAACACCCCAACUGCCUAUGACAGCCCUGCAAAGUACAGGCAAAUUUACAAGUCUUUGCUACAAUCAAAUGCAGACAAGUAAAAUCUAGCUCAUGCUAUUACUGAAGAUGGUUUGUGCCUAGAGGUAGAAGUGACAUAAUAUUUCAUAAAGGCCUUUUGUUGUCUAGAUUAUUUGUUUAUGGCAGAGCAAUUUUGUAUAGCAUUUAAAAAUAUAAACUCAGGGUAGAGUCUAGAUUGUUAGAGGUGUUUAUGAAACUUCUCUUAGGAUUCACUAGGAUGGUUCUGAAUGAAAUAACCAUUAUGAUGCGACUGAUUUGCAGUUAA